AACAAAUAUAAAUUGUCUAAAAUUAAAAAAAAGUAAAUGAAAAAAUUUUCAGGUUCUUAAUUUUUUGCCGCAAAAUAAAUUUUUGGUCCCUAAGAAACUGUGCAGAAUGCCAUUAUAGAAAAAAGUGAUGAACGUUGGUUAUGAUGCAACGGGAUGAUAAGUUGUACCUGCAUGUUAUGUGUAUGUAGGAGUGACUUAUCUAUAAUAUUGGCAUUGCCGUAAGGUACAGCUAACGAAAACCGUGACUAUUUCCUUCCCGUAUGGCUGCUUAUGUUAAUCGAACGAUGUCGAUGAUGGCCGGCGAUGGGCCCCACAACGUUGCAAUGAACAAUGGCACAAUGCGUGUAAAUGUGGGUAAUGUGGAUUCACCUCUGCAGAUAUUUGUGAGAGCAAAGAAGAAGAUCAAUGACAUAUUUAUUGAGAUUGAUGAUUAUGUCAAGGAUGCAGUUACAUUUAUGCAUGCGGUCUCAGGCGACAAUGGAAUUGCCACACCUCAAGAUGUUGCAAACGUUGAAGCAUAUGUCAGUAAAGUUGAAGCUAUACGGGAAGUACUCAAACGGGACCACAUGAAAGUAGCAUUUUUUGGAAGAACCAGUAAUGGCAAAAGUACAGUGAUAAAUGCAAUGUUGCAUGAUAAAAUCCUGCCGAGUGGUAUCGGUCACACGACUAACUGUUUCCUUCAAGUCGAGGGCUCAGAUACAGAUGAGGCAUUUCUGAAGACUGAGGACUCAGAGGAAAAGCAUAAUGUCCAGUCUGUCAGUCAACUGGGCCACGCAUUGUGCACUACGCGUCUCCAAGAGUCAUCGUUGGUCCAUAUCUAUUGGCCGAGGGAGCUUUGCGCAUUACUCCGUGAUGACGUGGUGCUGGUGGACAGCCCUGGCGUGGACGUUUCUCCCAAUUUGGACGAGUGGAUCGACAAAUACUGUCUGGAUGCUGAUGUGUUUGUGCUCGUGGCGAAUGCAGAGUCAACUCUCAUGCUAACUGAAAAGAACUUUUUCCAUAAAGUAUCGACGAAAAUAUCUCAACCCAAUAUAUUUAUAUUGAACAACCGAUGGGAUGCUUCUGCAUCAGAACCAGAAUUCUUGGACCAGGUGCGAAGUCAACACGCCAAUCGUUGUGUGGAUUUUCUUUCUCGCGAAUUAAGAGUUUGUUCUCCAAAAGAAGCUGAAGAAAGGAUUUUCUUCAUCUCCGCGAAGGAGGCUUUACUCACCCGCAUGAAGGAGAGAGAGAAACCUGUCUCUUCUCCAAUCUUAGUCGAAGGCCACCAAGUGCGCUAUUUUGAGUUUGUGGACUUUGAGCGUAAGUUCGAAGAAUGCAUCAGUCAAAGUGCGGUGCAGACAAAGUUCGCGCAGCAUUCGCGGCGAGGGAAAAAUAUCGCCGCUGACGUCAUGGCUGCUUUGGAACAGAUCUACAACACAGCGUGCAAUAUGAAAGCAACGAAAGUGGAGAAGCAGAGGAUUCUGCAAGAACAACUGACCUGCAUCGAGGAGCAACUCACUUCUAUCACUCGGCAGAUGAAAGAUAAAAUUGGAAAAAUGGUGGAAAGCGUUGAACACAAGGUAUCGCUAACGCUGAGCCAAGAGAUCCGUCGUUUGUCGGCAUUGGUCGACGAAUAUGACACGCCCUUCCGCACGGAGCGAGCUGCCUUGGAGCAGUACAAGAGAUCCCUGCACAGACACGUGGAAUCCGGCCUGGGAUCGCGGCUGAAGAAGAGACUGUCUUCUGACAUCGGACAUGAGAUGGACGAAGCGCAGAAGGAAAUGGCCGAUGGUAUGUACAACAUACUGCCAAUCCACAAACGAGCUGCCGCGGCCAGCGUCAUAAUGCCUCAUCAGCAACCGUUCGAAGUUCUCUACCGCCUCAAUUGCGACAAUCUCUGCGCCGAUUUUCAAGAAGACCUGACUUUCCGAUUUUCUUACGGUAUCACGGCUAUCAUACAGAGAUUCCAGGGGAAGAAUACGAACAAAAUCGCCUUGAAGAAUCCACCCCAGUAUACACCAAUGCCACCGACAAUCGGUCCACCCGCCCCCAGUGGGGAGUUGUCGCGGAUGGGCAACGGCGGAUCGGUGGUGGGGCCUCUUAGCGCUGAAGAGUGGUCCAUGAUAUCCAAGUUCGCCCUCGGAGCACUCACCUCACAGGGCACUAUGGGCGGACUAUUGCUAUCUGGAUUGUUACUGAAAACGGUCGGUUGGCGCGUAGUAGUGGUGACGGGCGCCAUAUACGGCGCGUUGUACGCGUACGAGCGUCUCACUUGGACGGCGAAGGCCCAAGAGAGAUUGUUCAAGAAACAGUACGUGGCGCAUGCUGGAAAGAAAUUGCGGCUUAUAGUUGACCUCACUUCGGCUAAUUGCAGCCAUCAAGUACAGCAAGAACUGUCGACGAUGUUCGCCCGGCUCUGUCGUUUAAUAGACGAGGCGACAACCGAAAUGGACUCCGAGCUGACGGAGGUCCGCGAAGCCAUCCAAAUGCUGGAUGACGCCUCCACUUCAGCCAAGAAGCUGCGAAACAAAGCCAAUUAUCUCUCGCAUGAGCUGGAGCUGUUUGAUGACGCCUUUCUUAAGUCUAACUAGGAUAGUAAGAGAAUGGUGAAGGAAGAGAUACUCGGGUUGCAUUUCGCUGUAAUGGAACACCGAUUGUGACGUCACAAGAAAAAUCGCUAUCAAGGAAUAAAAUUGGCUCUUACUAUUUUGAAAAAAUCUAAUUUUAUGACGAGAUGUUUACGUUUUAAAAUUUUUGCUAGAAUUAGGAUCUCUUCAAAAAGAGCCUACUAAUUUUUAAAGGCCGGCAACGCACUCGCGAACGUCGAGAGUGCGGCGGGGCGUUACUUAACAUCAGCUGAGCCUCCAGCCUGUUGUUACAAAAUUUCACUGUGCUCUUUGUAUUAAAACUGAGAAAUCGGUGUUCUAUGUAGGUUUAGUCUAAAUCUCCUGAAGAGGGGCAAAAUUAGGUUUAGGCCGCACUGUGGUUUAACCGCUUGAUGAUACGUGUAAUCAAAUUAGGUCUAGACUUUUUCCUAAUAUUUAUUUUUCCCAACCAUAUCGAUUGGCUAACCUUUGGCGCAGACGUGUCAAAUACAAAACAAACGUGACGUUCGCUUUCGAAUAGUAUUCGUAUAGUAAAGAAACAGAAAACUGUUGGUUGGUUAGUUAUCGUAGUAGAAAAAAUCGAAUAAAGAUCGUUGGAAAAUUCUUUGGAAUCAAACAUUUGACGUGCGUUCCAGUAUGUUUAAUAAACUAUACGAAUUGUAUGGAAACUGGUUUAACUGCUAAAAACAUAAUCGCCUAUGUUUUACCAUCUUUUCGGCUAUAGUCAACGCAUUAUGAACUCACUCAGUGCGAGACAGACAGAUUAACUAUAUCUGUCUCGCUCGCACUUACAGAUCUUAUGGAGAGUAAGAAUUGUAAAGCUGCAUAUCGAUAACGGGAUAGUUAGAUAUAUAUGCUAUCUUAAGUAUUAAUAGGAAUCAUUUUCCGCUAUCUGAAAAUAAAAAAGUUGUAAGAUUUCUUCAAAACCACAAAUAAAUAAAUUCUCCAUUGUGCGUAUUGCGUAAAGAACCGAAAGUAAUAUAUAUUUAUAGAAAAAUAACAACCCUUAUUCGUAACGACCAAUCAGGAGUCAGAGCGCGUACGCACAUAAGUGCACGUGCGUGCGUGCACGUUCUACUGUCAGUGAUAUUUAUUAUCCAACGACUAUUUAAAAGGCGUCGACUUUAAUAUCAUAAUAAAAUCGCGUGGUUUCGUUGCAGUGCGGUCUAAGCGUUAGUGGUGAGUCCACCAAUUUGAUAGAGUAUAGACCGAGAGUCGAAGCUGGAUUAAUGUAAUAUUUAUUCAAAAAGCACAAGAGUCGGUGACCGAUUUCAUUGAAUGCUUACGAAAAUAUAUUUUUUUAAUAAUCAACAAAUAUAAUCUACGUUUAUUGUAUGUGAGUUUUAUAUUGUAUUAAACGUCCAUAUAAUUCUUCAAAUCACUAAACUUAAUGGUAUUAAAUGGGGUUCACGAAAAUGUAUUAAUUAUUUUAUAGGUAAUUUUAGGAACACCAAAAAUAAAAAUACAAUAUUUUCAAAUUUGUAUUUUUUUGCGAAAUAGGAAGACUUUUGGUGUACAAACGUCGUAUAUGUAUCGUUUAAUACAAAUAAACUCACGAUGGACAAAUUCUAAAAUAUUUAAUUUAUAUGAAAUGGUCACGCACUCAUGUCCUCACUGUAUAGUUCAUGUGAAUUGUUAUUUAUGCCGCUUUGUAGUGAAUCAUGUGUUGGUAUGUUUGUCGUAUGAAUUAUGUUGAUUUGUGUUCAAGAAACGCAUGGAAAUAUAUUUCCAAUGCCGUUUAUUUUCUUAUCCAACUAUUUAAUUAAGAAGUUAUUGUUUCUUUUAUCCUCACUUAUGCUGUUCUAAAUAAACGUCUCCUGUCUGAAGAGGAUUUCAAAAGAAGAUUUGGUCAUUUUUCGUUUGUAAUAGUUAAAUUUUCCUUGCGUUUCUAUUGGUGCUGUAAACACGUGAGGUCGCAGGCUAAAAAGCUCCUUUAGUUGAAU